GGUGACGUCACAAUCCAGUCCACAAUUUGUUGUUGUUGUUGUAGAAAGUUCAAAAGUGCACGCAACUCUCCCCAUCCGCAUAUGAACAUGUUUCUCUUACCAUAUUCUCAGAUAACAGUAACAGUCUGUGCCAUCAACUGAACUUUAUUCAAAUGAGAAGAAAUCAUAGAGACGAAUUGCCCACAACACCGAAAGUUCUUCUGAAAAGCCCUUUUGAAUAAUUGAACAAAUACAAAUUCCGUCAUUCCAUUGUAUUUGAAGGUUUUCAAUUGUGGCUUCUCCUUGCAGCCUCCCCUCUUCAGAUCACCGUUCUCCUCCUCCUUCUCAGCCAGCAUGCAGAAAGGGGCGGGGCCAGCACAUGACUCAGGUCCAGGCAAAGGCCACGCCACGUUGGAUGGCAUCCGUGGCUGUGAGCGGGCGUGCCAGCAGGGCGACUACGCCCUGGCGGCACGCCUGUGCACGGAGGCCCUGGCCGCCGACCCCCUCAACUGCGUGCUCUACAGCAUCCGCUCGGCGGCCCACCUCAGCUUGGGCCGCUACCGCCAGGCCCUGCAUGAUGCCAACAAGGCCCGAGACAUCAACCCAAAAUGGACGCAGGCCUACUUCCGCCAGGCGGUGGCGCUGCAGCACCUGGGUCGCCACGGAGACGCCCUGGCGGCCUUUGCCUCGGGCCUGGCUCGGGACCCCAAGAGUCCGCAGCUUCUGACGGCCAUGAUGGAGGCCGCCAUGAAGUCGCCCCUCCGAGAUUCUCUGGAGCCCGCCUACCGGCAGCUGCAAAGCAUGAAGCUGGAGCGCAGCCCCUUCAUGGUGGUGUCGCUGGUCGGACAGGAGCUGCUGACGCACGGCCUGCACGCCGCCGCCGCCGAGGCGUUGGAAGCGGCCCUGCAGAUCGGCACGUGCUCGCUGAAGAUGCGCGGUUCCAUCUUCUCGGCGCUCGGCGCGGCUUACUGGUCGCUCGGCCGCGCCGAGAAGAGCCUGGCCUACAUGCGACGGGACCUGGACGUGGCCCGCACCUUAGGUGACCAAGCGGGCGAAUGCCGCGCCCGCGGCAACCUUGGCGCCGCCCUCUUCUCUAAAGGCCGUUACCGAGAGGCGCUGGCCAAUCACAGGCAGCAACUGAUUCUGGCCAUGAAGCUGAAGCACAAAGAGGCAGCGUUCCAAGCUCUCCGAGGGUUGGGCCACGCGUACACGGCCGUGGGCGACUACCCCAAUGCGCUAGCCAGCCACAAGCAGUGCGUCGCGCUGGCCAAGCAAAAUGGCUGCCGGCUCUCCGAGGCCCGGCAGCUGGGCGACACGGGCGCUGUGUACACCGCCAUGGGAGACGUCGCCGGCGCCCUGCGGUGCCACCAGGAACACUUGGACAUCGCCAAGAGUCUGGGGAACCGGCGCGAGGAGGCUCGGGCUUACAGCAACCUGGGCAGCGCCUACCACGCUCAGCGCGACUACGACAAAGCCGUGACGUACCACAGCCGAGUUCUCAAGCUGGCCCGGGAGCUCGGAGACAGCGGCGGCAGGGUGGAGAUGAGGGCCUUGGCCGGCCUGGGACACGCCGCCCGAUGCGUGCAGGACCUGGACGGAGCGCUGCGCUAUCACCGGCGUCAACUGGAAAUCGCCGAGGAGCUCGGGGACCCGGGGGCUCGAGGCAGAGCCUCUUCCAACCUGGGCAUCGUCCACCAGAUGCGCGGCGACUACCACCUUGCCCUGAAGUCCCACAAAGCUGACCUGCUGUGCGCCCAGGAAGUGGGGGACUACGCCGCCCAGGGCCGGGCCUACGGCAACAUGGGCAACGCCUACCACGCCCUGGGCCUCUACGAGCAAGCGGCCGGCUUCCACCGGCAGGAGCUGAACAUCUCUCUGGAGGUGAACGACCGGGCGUCCCAGGCCUCCACGCACGGCAACCUGGCGGCGGCCUACCAGGCGCUGGGCGCUCCGGACCGGGCCCUCCAACACUACCUGCGCCACCUGAGCGUCUCAAGGGAGCUGGGCGACGUUCAGAGCCGAGCCAGAGCGUUAGCAAACUUGGGCAACUUCCACUGCUGCCGAGGCCACUACGAGGAGGCCUUGCCGUACUACCGCCAGUACUUGCUUCUGGCUCCCGGCCUUGGCGCUCCGGAGGCCCAGGGAAAAGUUUGCCACAACCUCGCCUACGCCCACUUCUGCCUGGGACACUACCAAGAUGCCGUCAGAUACUACCAGCAAGAUCUGGCCUUGGCCAUGGACCUUCAGGACAAGCUGGCCCAGGCCAAAGCCUACUGUAACCUGGGCCUGGCCCACAAAGCCUUGGGGGAGUUCAGCAGAGCGCAGGAGUGUCACAACCAUCUGCUCCAGAUCGCAAAAGCUUUGGACAACACAAAGGCAAUCUUCAGGGCUUUGGGCAACCUCGGAGAUGUCAGCAUUUGUCAAGACGAUCUUCAGGGAGCCGCCGGCUUCUACCGACAGCAGUUAUCUUUAGCUCACCAGUUCAGCGAUCAGAAGAUGGAGGCGGACGCCUACUCGGCUCUCGGAUCAGUACACAGGCUGCUUGGCCAGCCGGACACGUCCUUGUCCUUCCACAGCCGGGAGCUGACCCUGCGCAAGGAUCUGGGCGACCCCGGCGGGGAGUGCCGCGCUUUGGCUCGCCUGGCCGCCGUUCACGCCGACCUGGGAGACGCCGACACCAGCCUGCAGUGCUACGAGGCUCAGCUGGGCCUGGCGCGGCGGCGGCUGCGCGACACCCGCCAGGAGGCCCAGGUCCUCGGAAACAUGGCCAUCGCCGAGAUGAACGCGGGCCGCUUUGAGGAAGCCGUCGGCUUCUUGGAGCAGCAGCUCGCCGCCCUGCGGCGCUCGGGUUCCGGAGACGCCGUCCCGCAUCGGGGGAAGGCUUACGGGAACAUGGCCAAAUGCUACGUCGCCCUGGGAGACUUUGACGAGGCCGUGCGGUGCUACCACGAGGUCCUGACGGUGGCUCGGAGUCUGGAGCGAGUUCAGGACCAGGCGGAAGCCUACAGAGGACUCGCCGACGCUCACAGGUCGGCGGGCAACCUGCAGCAAGCUUUGGUGUGCUUGGAGAAGAGGCUGGUGGCAGCUCACCAGCUGGGCGGGCCGGUGGGUGGCGAGGCGCGGGCGUACGGCGAGCUGGGCGCCGUGCACGGCCAGAUGGGCAACUAUGAGCCGGCCUUGUCCUGCCUGGAGCGUGGACUCGGCAUCGCUCGCUCGGCCGGGGACAAAUCCCUGGAAGCAGAGGCCAGCGAUGAGCUGGGCCGAGUUUACCAACUGAUGGGCGACUACGAGACGGCGCUGCAGUGGCACCGACGAUCUCUGGACAUGGCGGAGCGGGCGGGAUGCGUCAGGGGCCAAACGCGAGCCUCCGCCAACCUGGGAGUGACCUACGAGGCUCUGGGCGACUACCAGCAGGCUCUGCUUCUCCAGGAGCAGCACCUCAGCAUGGCGGCGCAGACCAGCGACUUGCUGUCCAAAAGCCGGGCCUACGGCGGCCUGGGGAGGAUCCACCACGCGCUGGGCAACGCCACGCAGGCUGUCGCGUACCUCCGGGAAGGUCUUCGCCUGGCCGAGCGGUCAGCCGGCAGAGAAGACGAGGCCGAGAUGCGCCACCGCCUCGGCUUGUCUCUGUGGGCUGCCGAGGACCUGGCGGAGGCCCGGCGGCAGCUUCACAGAGCCUCGCUUCUCUUUGAGAGCGUCGGCCGCGAGACGCAGCACGGCGCCGACCGCAAGCGCGCCCUCUUAGAGCUGCAGACGGACUCGUACCAGGCUCUCCAGAGGGUCCUCGUCAGCCUGGGCCACGUGGAGGAGGCGCUGGCCGUAGCGGAGCGAGCCCGAAGGCCGACCUUCGCCCACCUGCCGGUGGGCUCGGACCGGCGUGCCCCGGUCACGGUGGAGCGCAUCCUGGAGACGGUGGACAGCCAGAAGGCCACGGUGCUGUACUUCUCGCUGGCGAGAGGCUUCCUGCACAGCUGGCUGCUGGCUCCCGGCUCAGGCGUCAUCGAGUUCAACCAGGCCCGUCUCGGAGCCGACGACGCGCCGGAGUUCCGAGAUGGAUCCAGCUCGCGGGAGGGCGGCCGGCGCUCUCUGGAGCAGUACGUCUGCGCCGCCAGAGAGGUUCUGGGAGUUGACGGAAACCUCAGCAGGAUGAACGUGGGCAGCGAGACAGAGAGCCGAGUCGGAGAGGCCGCCGAGCGACGCUUUGACGACGAGCUGGACGGCUACCUGCGCGUGGCGUCCGCCGACAACGUCUCCAACAGCCCGACGUCGCACCAGCUCGUCAAUCAAAGUCAGCGCCGGCCGGGCCAACGGGCUUAUCCGCUUUGUCGCAGCGCCGGCGUUUCUCCGGCCGAGGACGGCUCGUCUUCUCCUCGCCGCCGCCUCGGCGUGGACGCCUCUCCUCUCGCCGCCCUCUACGACUUGCUCAUCGCGCCGAUGGAAGCGGCCCUGCUGCGCGCCGGUGGUCCGGCGGGUCCACGCCGGCAACUGGUUCUGGUCCUGGAGGGUGACUUGUACCUGGUGCCCUUCGCCUUGCUCAAAGGCAGCUCGUCCGCCGAGUUCCUGUACCAGAUGUUCGCUCUGCUCUGCGUGCCGUCGUUAGCCAGCCUGCGAGCAUCCGGGCCGCCUGCUCCGCCCUGCCGGCUCGCCGGCUCGGGACUGGCCCUGGUGGGGGCGCCUGGCCCGUGGCGGGGCCGCUCGUGGGCUCCGCCGCCGUCGGCCCGGGACGAGGCUCUGUGUCUAGGCGAGCGUCUGGGCUGCGUCCAGCUCGCCCACGCCACCAAGGAGCGCGCCCUCACCGCCCUGGCGCAGGCGCAGUGCGUUCACUUUGCCACUCACGUCUCCUGGAAGCCGGCCGCCCUGGUGCUCGACCCCGGCGGCGAGGAGGAAGAGGGGGGCCGGUGCGUGACGGCGGCGAGCGCGGAAGGAACGAAAGCUUGCGUCGGCGAGGAUGCGUGCGAGAGCCGUCCUCCGCUUCGAGACUUCCUCCUCACCGCGGAGGAGAUCUCGGAGCUCAACCUGAGUGUGAAGCUGGUGGUCCUCAGGUCCUACCCCGAGUCCGGCGUGCGGCUGACGUGCGACGGCUUGUCGGGUCUGACCGGGGCCUUCCUGUGGGCGGGCGUCCGAUGCGUGUGCGUGUCCCUGUGGGCCACGCCGCCGCCCGCUGCCAAACUCUUCAUGCAGAGUUUCUACUCGGCCCUGCUCGAGGGCGCCGCGGCCAGCGCCGCGCUGGCCGGCGCCAUGAGCACGCUCCGCGACAGCAAGGACUUUGCGGACCCCUUCAACUGGGCAGGUUACCUUCUGAUGGGCGGCGACGUCCGGCUCAACGGGCCCGAGUCGGCGCUGCGACGGGCCUUGGCGGAGGUUCUCUGCCACGCCGACCGGGCCAGGGACACCUUGAGGGUUCUUCUGCACCUGGUGGAGAAAUCUUUGCAGCGCAUCCACAGCGGCCACGCCAAGCUCCUGUACACGUCGCAGCAGAGCGUCGACGAUAAGGUCGGCGGCGUGCCCGGGUGGCGCCCCUUGUUGGCGGCGGUGGGUUUCCGUCUGGACGCGGGCGGUUCCGGCCGCCCCGCCGCCGUCUUCUUCCCCACGUCGGACCCCGGAGAACGGCUGCAGCGCUGCAGUCUCACCAUGCAAGCCCUGCUCGGUCUUAGCGCGGCAGCUUUCGAGGCUCUGUGCAAACUGGUGUCGGCGCCCCAAGCGGGAGAGCCACUCGUACGCGAGCUCCAUCAGGUGCUGCUGCCGCUGCAGCUGCAGUCACGUGACGGCCAGAGCGACCAAUCGCCGGUCUUCGUGUCGCUCAGCGUGCGUGCGUGGAGGCUUCCGGGAUGCCACGAGUUCCUGGCGGCCCUCGGGUUCGACCUGUGCCAGGUGGGUCGGGAGGACGUUCUGCUGAAGACGGGCAAGCGGGCCAGCAGGCGAGUCAUGGCUUUGGCCCUCCGCUCACUCCUGGCGCUUUUCGACUCGGCAGACCUUCCCGAGCGUGUCGGCACGUACGGCUCGUCCUCGUUGGAGUCUCUGUCGCCCUCUCCGCCGACGCCUCAGCCCGCGUCUUUUCCCGCCUCGCCGCCUCGUCCUUCCCUCUGCCCAGACGCGCCGAGCGGCGACGCCAUCUCCGUCUACAGCCUCGGCUCGCUCACCUCCUCGCUCGGGUUCUGGCCGCGCCCCGAGCCCGCGGGAAGCGAUGCGGUCGGCCGGUGCUCGCAAGCGCAGGAGGGGGCGGCGACGCCUCGCCGCUCCAGCCGACUGGCCAAUCUGGGUAAAGGGGAGGCGGGCGACGAGGACCACCGGGGCUACGCCAUCAUCAGCAGCGAGCCUCUGAGGCCAGAGGACCGUUGCGCCGCGGUCAAAGAGCCGCGGCGCACGCAGGAAGUCUCGUCUCCUCAGAGGAGCAAAGCGAAGAUGAGCGGCCGCGAGGAGGCGGGCGGCGGCGGCGUACCCGCGGGACAGCUGGACCCCGAGGAGCUGACUCGCAAGAUCCUGGAGGAGACCCGGGUCCACAUGCGUGCCGUGGAGAUCCUGCAGCGGACCCCUGGGCGGCGUUCUCUCUCGACACCCGUCACUCCCAUCCUGAGCAGGGGCGCACGCGCCUUCCAGCCGUCCGAGACCAGCGCCUUCAGCAGACCCCCGAGUAGGACGAGCCUGGCUUCGGCGCCGCUCGCUCCUCUCUCUCCCAGACCGCCGUGCCGCUCCUCUUCCCUGCAGAAGCUGGCUCCACCCUCAUCCCCCAAACAUCUGGCUGGCAGAGCGUCUUCACUUCACCUCAAAGCACCUGGCAGAGAUUGUCACGACAAAACUUCACCUGACACCGAGUCCCGGGUCAAACCUUCAACUGGGAGCAAGUGUCAUCCAAAAGCUGUUAGCAGCGAGUCCCACCCCAAAUUCUCCCUGGCGCCACCCCCCUCCUCCACCACCACCGCCGCCACGGUCCCUCGCUUCAAAAGCUUCAAGGCGGCCCGCCAACACGAAGGCGCAUCCCCCGCCGGCCUUCUUCCGGCAAAGAAAAUGAGCACGGUGAAGAAAGACGUUCUGGCUUUGCUGGACCUCUCGUCGCGACAUAAGUCCAGCGAGACUUCAGACCGUCUCCCCAGUGUGGACAGCAAAGCGCCUUCCGCCUCCAAAGCUUCCAAACGCACUAAAUUUCCUUCUGGCUACAAAUUUCUAGCAGGGCAUUUUUUCCCUUCUUCUAAGUGUUGACAUGAAUAUUGGCACCUACCCGGUUGCCAUGGUGAUUGAUUGACCCUGAUGUUCUGAGAAGGUUGAGAAAGUAUUGCUUGCUAGCUAACAAAUGCCGGUGCGGGUCAAGUGGACAGGAAGAAAGAACACUGUACUUCUACUUUGACAGAAGAUUCUUACACUAUUUCAGUGGCAGAUUUGAUA